UCUUUCUCCUCUAGCCUCAAGGGUCUAGGCCACGCCCCACGGGUCUUCCGUAAAGGAAGAAACUCAUUAUUAAAAAAAGGAAAAACCCAACCAUUUUCCUGAGAAAAUUAUCUUGGAUUCACGUUUUCUCCGAGAAAAAUUGAUUCUUUUUCGCCAUCUUGCUAGAAUUCAGCUUCGUUCAGAAAAUCUAUAUAUAAUCCUACUGUAAUUGCUUUUCAAUUUGCCAUUUUAAUCAAGGCAUCCUUCUUCUCUGUCUUUCUUGAGUUUUUUUUACCGUUUCUUCAUCGAUCCUUCUUCUACCAGAUUGUUGCUUUUGAUCAAUGAGUCAAUUCUGAGAGACUUUGUAAAGGCAAAGAAAUCGAGCGAAAGGAAAAAUUCUUCAGCUUAUCCUAGCAAAAAAAUAAAAAUUUGCCAUCUUGAAUCUUUGGAAUCUUAAUUUGCAGCUGCUACCUGCAAAGUGUAAAUACUAACAAAGUUCCUCUCUUGCUACCAAGUGUGAGAUUAAACGAUGACGCUUGAGUCGUUGCCUGGAAGUUCCGGAUAUCUGGAUUUGCAUCCAGAGAGGAGAAUGUCAUAUUUCGGAAAUCCUUACAUUCUAGGAUUGACUGUCGUUGCUGGGAUUGGUGGCUUGCUCUUUGGCUAUGACACAGGUGUGAUAUCAGGGGCCCUCCUGUAUAUUAAGGAUGACUUUGAAGUGGUCAAUCACAGUAGUUUCCUACAGGAAACAAUUGUCAGCAUGGCCUUGGUUGGGGCAAUGAUUGGAGCUGCAUCAGGGGGCUGGAUUAAUGAUGCUUAUGGACGCAAGAAAGCUACUCUUCUUGCUGAUGUGGUAUUUACAGCUGGAGCUAUUGUCAUGGCUGUUGCACCUGAUCCAUAUAUCCUGAUAAUGGGGCGAUUUUUGGUUGGCCUAGGUGUUGGUACAGCAUCUGUUACUGCUCCUGUUUACAUUGCUGAAGCUUCUCCUUCAGAAAUAAGGGGUGGACUAGUGAGCACAAAUGUGCUUAUGAUAACUGGUGGACAGUUUCUUUCCUACCUUGUAAAUCUUGCUUUUACACAGGUUCAAGGAACGUGGAGGUGGAUGCUCGGUGUUUCUGCCGUGCCAGCAGUCAUUCAGUUCGCCCUUAUGCUUUGUUUGCCCGAAUCUCCUAGAUGGCUUUUUAUGAAGAAUGAUGAAGCUCAAGCUAUAACUGUGCUUUCUAAAAUAUAUGACCUAGCACGGUUAGAGGAUGAAAUUGAUCACCUAUCUGCUUCUUUAGAGGAAGAACGCCAGAAAAAGAAUACUGUUAAGUACAUGGAUGUUUUCAAAUCAAAAGAAAUGAGACUUGCCUUUCUGGCUGGUGCGGGACUUCAGGCACUUCAGCAGUUCACUGGCAUCAAUACAGUUAUGUACUACAGCCCAACAAUAGUCCAGAUGGCUGGAUUUACUUCUAAUCAGCUAGCACUUCUUCUAUCUCUCAUUGUUGCUGCAAUGAAUGCAGCAGGAACUGUUCUAGGCAUUUACCUUAUUGAUCAUGUCGGAAGAAAAAAAUUGGCCCUUUCAAGCUUAUCAGGUGUAAUCAUAUCGCUUCUCAUCCUUUCCGGGGCCUUCUUUGCUCAGUCAUCUGGUUCUUCAAGUGGACUUUUUGGAUGGGCCGCAGUCCUGGGGUUAGCCCUUUACAUUGCAUUCUUCUCACCUGGAAUGGGACCUGUGCCAUGGACCGUCAACUCAGAGAUAUAUCCUGAACAAUACCGAGGGAUGUGCGGGGGCAUGUCUGCUACCGUGAAUUGGGUUUCGAACUUGAUUGUUGCCCAGACUUUCCUUUCAGUUGCUGAGGCUGCAGGAACUGCCAGUACAUUCUUGAUUCUUGCUGGCAUAGCCGUGCUUGCUGUUGUUUUCGUUAUCAUGUUUGUGCCUGAGACCCAAGGAUUGACAUUUGUGGAAGUGGAGCAGAUAUGGAAGGAGAGGGCUUGGGGCAGCAGUUAUAACAUUGAGAGCCUUCUUGAGCAGGAAAACCAAUCCUAAGUGAUCUUGGAACUUGUUUAGCUUAGAGGUGUUGGCAUAAAGACACAAGAUGGUUUGUUCUAGCGUCUAUAUAUCCAAACAGGCAUAUGAAUUCUUAUGCAUGAAGAUGAUAUAGGUCAUAGGACUCUCCUCUUUCAUAUUUCAGAUUCAGGGUCGGGAGCCCGUGGAUGGCCAUGAGCUUGUAUUUUCUAGCUGUGUAUAUAAUGGUGGGAGAUGUACUACGACAGUGUCUAAGGGGUGUGUUUUUUUUAAUGACGCCCCUUAUCAAAGGCAGAUUCCCAUCUGUGUACUUGCUUCCUCUUUAUCAUCAAUGAAAAUCCUAAUUUCCGUUGGAAA